AUGGCGGCAGGGUUCUCCUGCAUGAACUCGUUGACCGUCAUCCAGGCGUCGCAAGGCCUGGCCAAGUACUUGAAGGAUAAGCAUCCGGACAGUGCUUCGGGCGGAGUGGUUAUUGGUCAUGAUGCUCGUCAUAACUCGGCCAAGUUUGCAGCUUUGGCUGCGAAUGCCUUCAUCUCACAGCAGAUCCCGGUUUGGUUCUAUUCCGAACCCUCUGUGACUCCAUCUGUGCCGUUUGGAGUAACUCACUUGAAAGCUGCUGCUGGUAUUAUGAUCACUGCAAGCCAUGUAUGUUUUCUAGACUCUAAAAAGCAGAAAAUGAAAAUAAAAACUAACUCUCCAGUAGAACCCGGCACAAGACAACGCUACUUCAAGAACGGCGCCCAGAUCAACACCCCAAUCGAUGUAGAGAUAGCCCAGUCGAUUGAGGAAAACCUUGCACCAUGGUCUGGCGCCUGGAAAGAUCUCCAGGAAUGCGAAUAUUUACACGCCGAUGCAUACAAGACCAUCUUGCCUCACUAUACAAAGACCGUUUGGGAUUACGCAAAUUCAACUGUGUCUGACUGGAAACAACCAAGACCUUUUGUCUAUACGCCCCUGCACGGAGUUGGAGGCCUUGUUUUCCCCGACCUCUGCCAGUCUGUGGGCAUAACCGAAUUCACGCCUGUGCCGGAACAAGUAGAGCCCAACCCGGAUUUCCCGACAGUAUCGUUCCCCAACCCCGAAGAAGCUGGAGCCUUGGAUCUGGCCAUGCAGACCGCCGAUAGGGAAGGCAAAACCUUGAUUAUUGCCCAUGAUCCAGACGCGGAUCGCUUUGCGGCCGCCGAGAAAGUCGACGGAUCAUGGUUUUCUUUCACAGGCAACCAUAUCGGAGUCUUACUCGCAUCGCACCUGUUUGACUCCUUGGAGAACAGAAAGGACGGCAAACGCAUCGCGGUUCUAAACUCCACAGUAUCGACAGGCAUGCUCGAGAAAAUGGCAACAGCUAAGGGGAUCCAAUUCGAAGAGGCACUCACCGGCUUUAAAUGGAUGGGAAACAUCGCCCGAUGCCUUGAAGGCGAGGGCUACAAUGUCCCUUACGCAUUUGAAGAAGCACUAGGCUAUAUGUUCCCAGCCGUCUGCCACGACAAAGACGGCAUCACAGCAGCGAUGGUCUUCCUAGCAGCACAAGCCAAAUGGCAAUCGCAAGGACUCACCCCUUACAUGAAACUACAGCAGCUCUUCAAUGAAUAUGGCCACUACGAAACCCUCAAUAAUUACUUCCGGUCCCCGAAUCCGGAGACAACAAUGGCCUUGUUCAGAGCUAUCCGGAAUGGACCCUAUAGAGCCGAGAAGACACUGGGACCAUUCAAGAUUCUGCGUUGGCGAGACAUGACCGAGGGCUAUGAUUCCGGAACGACCGACAACAAACCUACGCUGCCUGUUGAUAAGUCGAGCCAGAUGUUGACUCUCUGGUUGGACCAGGAUGUGCGGUUCACGUUCCGGGCUUCGGGGACGGAGCCUAAAGUUAAGUUGUAUGUUGAAAGCUGUGGAGCGUCUCGCGAACAGGCCGUGGAUGCUGUUUGCAAUGCCUUCCUUGCUGUUCUGAAGGAAUGGGUGGUUCCCUUUGCGCCGUCUAUGACGUAUAGCAGACAGAUGCCUACAUCGUCGGGCCACGUGUUUCAGAUCUCUGAAUAG